AUGUCGGAUAUACAGUUGAAGCUUUUAAAGCUCGUGGACUCGAGCAAUGGAGUAGUUCAAAACACUCUUGAGGCUCCUGAAUUGACCGAUAUUGAUGCCAACACUUUACAUUCAAACUUGGCUUCUCUUUGGUCCAAGGAAAUGGUAAAUUUCACUAAAAUCGAACAAGACCAUUGGGUAUUGACAAAGGAGGCAGAGGAAUAUCUCAAGGCUGGUGCUACGCCUGAAGUGCAGGUUGUGGAUGAAGUUUUGAAAGCCUUGAACAGUUUAUCCAUUUCUGAUUUAAAGGAAAGGUUAGGUCCAGCAGGGACUGUUGGACAGGGAAAAGCUUUCAAAAACAAGUGGUUGAGCAAGGAUGGGGACAAGUUGAUUGCAAAUGUCAAAGAAUUACCUAAUGAUACUGUUUUAGAAGAGUUAAAGACUAUUAAAAAAACUGGCUCAUUAGGUGACAAGAAAGAGUUGACUGAAUUGAAAAAGAGAAAAUUGAUAACCUUGACAAAGAUUGUGGGAUACAAGAUUGAAAAAGGUCCUAAGUUUGCCCUUGAGAUUGUUAACCUUGAAACUGAUAUCACUUCCGAUAUGAUUUUAAACAAUUCUUGGAAGUCUGCUCAAUUCAAACCAUACAACUUCAACUCAGAAGGUGUUUACCCACAAUCAGGAGCAUUACAUCCAUUGAACAAAGUGAGAGAAGAAUUUAGACAAAUCUUUUUUUCACUUGGGUUCACGGAAAUGCCCUCGAACCAGUAUGUCGAGACCGGAUUCUGGAAUUUCGAUACAUUGUUUGUCCCUCAACAACAUCCAGCUAGAGAUUUGCAAGACACAUUUUACUUGAAAGAUCCGGUGAAAGCCAAGAUUCCAGAAGAUAAGCAAUUCUGGGAGAAUGUGAAGCAAGUACAUCAAGAUGGUAAAUAUGGAUCCAUUGGUUACAGAUACCCGUGGAGUGCCGAUGAAUCAUUGAGAAUGGUUUUAAGGACACACACCACUGCUACUUCUUCAGCCAUGUUACACAAGUUAGCCAAGGAUCCGAAACCCACCAGAUUGUUCUCUAUUGAUCGUGUUUUCAGAAACGAAGCUGUCGAUGCUACUCAUUUGGCAGAAUUCCACCAAGUUGAAGGUGUCAUUGCGGGAUACGACAUUACCUUAGGUGAUUUAAUUGGGUUCAUGGAUGAUUUCUUUGGCAAGAUGGGCGUUGAUAACUUGAGAUUCAAAGCCGCUUACAACCCAUACACCGAGCCAUCAUUGGAAAUCUUUGCAUAUCACAAAGGAUUGAAGAAAUGGGUUGAGAUUGGUAAUUCUGGUAUGUUUAGACCAGAAAUGUUGGAAACCAUGGGUUUGCCAAAGAAUUUGCGUGUUUUAGGUUGGGGAUUGUCGUUGGAAAGACCAACAAUGAUCAAGUACGGUGUGUCAAACAUUAGAGAGUUGUUGGGACACAAAGUUUCACUAGAUUUUAUUGAAACCAAUCCUGCUGCUAGAUUGGACGAAUUGUUAUAG